AUGGAAGAUGGUACAGUAGCGAAAGAAAAGCGUUCAAGUAAGGGCGAAUUUGUAUAUGUAGAUGAAGGUGAUGAAGGUCAGUCUGGCAGUAAUGGUGGUGAAAAAGAGGUGCAAGAGUUUGAAAUUACAUUUAACAAGGAGAGUGAUUUGAAUGAUUCGCAAACAGUACGUCCUGCAAGUCAUGUUUCGUUGUCGAAUCGACAGAUAAAGAAACGAUUAUAUCGACAAGCUUUAGGUUUUGUGCUCGAUUUAAAGCCUGAUCUACAGAUGGCGAAUGUAUCAAAAGGAAUAUACUUAGGAAGUCAGGAUGUGGCACACGAUUAUGACAUCCUUAUGGCACAUAAAGUCACACAUAUAAUCAACUGUGCGACCGGUGUGGAGAAUAUUUUUUUGGGCGUAAUUAAAUACCUUACACUCGAUAUAUUGGAUUUACCGUGGACCAAUAUAGAGCAGUAUUUUGAUAAAUGCCAUGAGUUCAUGAAGGAAGCAGUAGAAAGUAGUGGAAAUGUUUUUGUACAUUGUAAUGCUGGUGUAUCACGUUCGCCUACCAUUGUUCUAUCAUAUAUAAUGCGCUAUAACAAAAUGACAUUACGGGAAGCUCUGGAACAUGUUAAUGCAAUUAGAAAAGUCAAUCCAAAUCCAGGUUUCAUACAACAGUUGCUACGAUACGAAAUAAAAUUACAGUGCGAAAAUGACGUUGAUAAAAAAUGA